AUGAACCUGCCCAUCGUCCUUGCCACAUUUGGAAUUGUGAUAGUUCACCCUAUAUCAGACGGUAAGUCAGGUCUAACCUUAAUGCGUACUUCUUGCACGUGAGGAAAGGAGCUAAUUCAGAGCAGUCUGCUCUGCUCUAGUUGCACAGUGUGAAAACCAAGGAAUCUAGGUUUUGCUUUGCUGUCGUUUGGUAGAGAGAUCCUUUUGCACAAACAGGCUGCGAGACAGCCACACUGAGAAAACCUCCGCAUUUUAGAGGUGCAGAUUGGAAAAUGGACAGUUUCAACAAGGAAAUAUGAUCUGGGCAAAGGUCAUUUCUGUAAGUGAUCUGUAUCACUUUUUUAAAAAUCCGGUAAAUAUGCCUUCUCCGAUUAGCCUUUGGCAUGCAAACCUUGGGUGAGCUGGCCUUGUGAAGGAGAGCUUGGGGUCACAGUGCGCAACUUUAGGAAAAAAGAAAGCAACCGUCAACAGCUGCAAAAAGGGGGAGGACAUCUGCUUUGAAUGCAGAAGGUUCAAUCCCAGGCACAACCCAGAUAGGGCAAGGAGAGAGGAAGAGAGCUCUACCUGAAGCCCUGGAGAGCAGCUGCCUAUCAGUUCAGUGUAGAGAAUACUGAGCUCGAGGGACCAUUGGUCUGACUCAAUAUAAGGCUGUUUCCUAUGUUUCCGAGUUGCCUCAGAGGAGGUGCAGAAGGCAAGGAUGGAGGAGUUUCCAUUUAAAGGAAAACCUUCCUAAUUCGCACUUUCAGAAACACUACACUAACCGAGGCACAGCUAUCCUGCAAAAUCCGUGCUGCUCUGAAUUUCACAAUGCAGUUCUCCAGUCAAGAAAACUGUACAAGAAUGCAUCUACUUGGGGAAAGUGUGCAUAAAAAUGCAUAUAUCAGCAAAAAAUAACAUACAAAAUUUGCAGGGAGGAGAUCGCUUUGCAAAAAACGUGUAUAUGUGGCAAGGCUGCAUUAAAGCGUGCAUAUGAUGAGAAAUUUGCACUAAAAUGCUAACGGAUUUUAAUGAUUUACCCCCCCCCCCAAAAAAACCACACCUCAAAGUUAUGGUGGAAGACUGAACUUGACUUGGGGAAAAUGAGAAACAGAGAGAAAAUGAAAUUGACAUGUUUGUCCAUCUCCAGCAAAGGCAUGGGUGGGUUGAUCUUUCCCAUCUGAAGCAGUUUUCCCAGUUCAGCCCAUCUAACCAGGAUCUUCAGGCUCUUCCCUCCACCUGUUCUUCGUUUCCAUCAUCAUCAUCAUCAUCAUCACCACCAAGUUAUUUUAAACCUUGGAUCUUGUGAACAGAGUGUGUUUGCAUGGGUGGGAUGGAAGCAGCAUUGCCUGAAUUAUGUAUUUCGUUUUUUCAUACUUUUAACCACAGGUCUAAGUCAGGCGGUGCUGCUGUGUCAAACAAAACUAAUUUUACCUUUCAACGUCAAAAGUGGGCACGGCUCAGGGUACAUCCCAAAUGCUUGGAUUACAGUGUUUCCUUCUGCAAACGCCAGUCCAUUGGUGCUCCUUAUGUACCCCUUUAGUAGCCAGGCCAUAUUGAAGCUUUCAAUAUGUGUGGCCAUAUGGGUCAAGACAGCUUACAGGAACAGCUUUUAGGUCUUACCUCAUUUGUAAACAUUAGAGCCCCCCUCUAGACACCCUUUUAUUGCCUUCACAGUGGUACCUCAUGUUAAGAACUUAAUUCGUUCUGGAGGUCCGUUCUUAAUAUGAAACUGUUCUUAACUUGAAGCACCACUUUAGCUAAUGGGGCCUCCUGCUGCUGCCAUGCCGCCAUGGCGUGAUUUCUGUUCUCAUCCUGAAGCAAAGUUCUUAACCCGAGGUACUAUUUCUGGGUUAACGGAGUCUGUAACCUGAAGCAUCUGUUACCCGAGGUACCACUGUAUUCAUUAUGUUUUGCACUCAAGGUGCUAUGUGGGUGGUCAUUUGGGACCCCACUUUCAAUGCUAUUUGUUCCUGUGUAAGUUUUGGGGUCGCAGGUGGCGCUGUGGUGUAAACCACUGAGCCUUGGGCUUGCCGGUUGGCGGUUCAAAUCCCCACGACGGGGUGAAGUCCCGUUGCUCGGUCCCAGCUCCUGCCAACCUAGCAGUUCGAAAGCACAUCAAAGUGCAAGUAGAUAAAUAGGUACCACUCUGGCAGGAAGGUAAACGGCGUUUCCGUGCGCUGCUCUGGUUUCGCCAGAAGCGGCUUAGUCAUGCUGGCCACAUGAUGCAGAAAAACUAACUGCAGACAAACGUCAGCUCCCUCAGCCAGUAAAGCGAGAUGAGCACCGCAACCCCAUAGUCGUUCACGACUGGACUUACCUUUUUUACAGUUUUGGGGUGGUCAUAGUGUUCUAUAUCCAAUCAGCACAUAGCUUCCUGCUAAAACCCCCUAACUUUUCAUACUGCACAUAUUUUGGGGCUUUUUUUGUCUUGUUUUUGUUGCACUGUAGCCCCUCCGGAAGGGGUAGCACUGGGGAUGCAAAGCAGAGCACGGCUACUUGCCAUGAUGGCUAUCCACGGUCAAAGGCACAAUGGGGCUUCCUCUCCUCUUGCAUUUUCCUCCAACUCUCUGGAGCAGAUUUUGAGGGCACCUUCAAGAAGGUGGCUGAGGGUGUCAGCCCUUGAAAAGCACCAGCAGAGCUGCACACAUUUCUGGAUGUAAAUAUGAACAGGAUUGCUGAUCAACAAUACACAGAGUUUAAAGAACACAGAGGGUAAAGUCUUUGGGCACUGCAGAGUAUUACCUUCCGCGAGCUGCUAUAAUAGUAGGGUAAGGAUAUAGAGCACUUAGUAUGCAAAUCUUGUGGUUUCUCUUCUAGGAAAUCUUGUUUUGUUUCUUCCCCACAAGGAAGCUCAGUGAAGUAUGCAAGACCUCCUGGGUGCAUAAACAUACUUCCCUGAGGUUUGCAGUCCUGAAUGCUCCAACUUGGGAGCAAGCCUCCUUGAACACAGUGUGGCUUAUUUUCUGAAUAAACAUGCAUAAGUUCUGCUUGAAACUUGUCAUUAAUAGGAAGAGUUCUAACAAAGCUUAACAAGGAAAUUCAGAUCUAAUCUGCUGAAUGGAUUGUCGAGGUGGAUUCACAUUUCAUCCCGAUUCAGAAUAAAGGAACACAGAAAACUAUUAUGAACAACCCAAUUCUAUGUACAGUGGUACCUCGGGUUAAGUACUUAAUUCGUUCAAGAGGUCCGUUCUUAACCUGAAACUGUUCUUAACUGGAAGCACCACUUUAGCUAAUGGAGCCUCCUGCUGCCGCCGCGCCGCCAGAGCCCAAUUUCUGUUCUUAUCCUGAAGCAAAGUUCUUAACCUGAAGCACUAUUUCUGUGGUAGUGGAGUCUGUAACCUGAAGCGUAUGUAACCUGAAGCAUAUGUAACCUGAGGUACUACUGUAUGUUUUAAACUGAAUGCAAGUUUCAAUGCAACAUAUACCCAAGUAGGGAGCUCUUUCAACAGCCCGCCACGUUGAUUAGCUGUAAGGCACUGCUGCAGGGUUUGUAAAGAUCAACUAAUCCUUUCUGGGAAGUGUUCACUUCCUUGUUUUCAUAGAUAUGGGUGCAGGAAGGAUGAAACCUUUCUUUCCAAAACACAGGUAUGUGUGCAUAGAGCAAUACUCUGCAGAGAUGUGUGCAUGGGCCUGGUGGCUUGAACAAUGCUGGGAGUGGCUAUUAUAUAGCAUAUUCAAAGUGUGUGGUAGUGGCGUUUUCAAAGGAGACUUCCAACAGUCCUGCAAAGUAGGUCAGUGUCAUUAUUCUCAUAUUGCAUGGGGAGGAUGAUGAGGCAGUGACAGAGCGGUUUGCGUAACGCCACCUGGUGAAUUCAAGGCGGAACCAGGAACGUCUUGAUUUGCGGCUCAGCCUCUUCUUAGCCGUUACAUGUUGUUCUGAUUUCACUCUCUCAGAAACCCAAAUGUGUCCUUGGUAUGGUUUUAUUGAGUGCCCCAUAGCAGUGGUGGGGAGAAGAAGACAAUGUAGGAAGCAGCCUUCUACCAGAAGAGGCUGGGCAGGGUGGUCCUGCCAGAGAAGGAGAGACACUUCACCACUUGGAUGACAAAGGCAUGGUGGGUGGCACAUUUAGAGGGGGUUCAAAGCAAGGAUGGAGGAGCAGCAGUGUUAUGUGCUAACCUUGGAUCCUAGAACAAUAGGCAAGUAGGAUCCUAGAAUGCAACAACUGGUUGGCUUGCAGGAGAAGACCAAUCAGGCUCCAGGAGGGAAGCAGAAUCAGCCAAUCAGACAGGACUCAUUGUUUAAAUAAUGUAUAUAAAAGCCUGAGGUUUGGGGGCAAUUCAAUCACUGUUUUACAAGCUGCAAUAAAGAGCAUGAAAUCACUACAGGACUCUGAGUAUAUUUCAAGCAGAAAAAGGGAAAAGAGUUGGGUGAUACGCAAACCUUGCCACAGCCAUUUAGAGCACAGCAUGGGAGGAAGGAAAAGGCAUCAAUACUGGGGCUAGCCACCUUUGUGGCAAGUCAAGGAGGGAGAGGCUUAAUUGAAAGGAGCACCUUAUGCACCUGAUGACAGAGAGAUGGACAGGGAAGUGAGGCUGUGUCAAUAACAGAAGAAGAGCCCUGAAGAUGAGAAGGGUUCUAAAUGCAACUGCAUGAAGACUUCACCAGGAGCUUUCUGGGGCUCUGAUCCAUAGUUGGGACAAUGAAAGUUCCCACAUGGGGCUACCUGGAGAUUCUGGGGUUUGAAUUUGGGACCUUCUGCAUGGAAAACAGGUGCUCUCCCGCUGAGCUUUGGCCCUUCCCUGAAAAUAUAACGUGCUGUUUUCCACAAUACCUGCACUUUCAGGUAGGUAGGCCAAAAGUAGGUCAGCGACAUGAAGAGGCAAGAUCUGAAGGGAAAGAAACACUCCUUAUGAAGAGAUUGCUUCUCAGUGAAGAGGUCAACGGUCACAGAUAAAAUGAGUUUUAGUUCCUGUUUCUCUUCUUUUCUUUCCUAGAGGCUAUAACCGAUACAGGUGCCAAAAGCUCAAAGAACGACAUGUUUCACCCUUACCAUUUAAGCCUACCCCUCGACCCUUCUUUCUAAAUAUCUCCUGCCUUAAACCAGUCCCUCACCUUGAAACAGUGGUCCAGCUGGAGGGCUUUGGUAGUAAAGGACAAGUGAGGCUGACAAGUGAGUCAGUCCCCUGUUCCACAAAAAAACCCGCUUGUAUUUUUAUGUAUUGCUAAAAAGGAAAUGGCGCUCACUUCUGAACACUGAAAAUAGAAGGAAUGGAGUGCGGCUUCUACCUCCUAUGCAAAGCCAGCGCAACAGCACAAGCAAGCCUAAUGGUCAUCAAAGUGAGAGGUGCACCUGGGAACCCCUACAAGGUAGCAGAGGGUGUUAGGGCACAACUGUUUGCACUGGGGUGUGCUAACCCAAGAACUGAACUCUGGCACCCUCUCUGCUGUUGCGAUAGAUUCUUGGCGAUCUCUCAGUGCUACAACACAGCCAUCUUGAUGGGAUCAGCAAAAUGGUUUAGCCCAGCCUUGUUCAUUUCAUCAAAUCACAAACUUACAGAGUGGAAAAGUACCGUGAAGGGUCAUUUAAUCCAGUCCCCUGCACUACAUCACACCUAGGGAUUGUCCUGCAUGUUAUUUUAUAACCUGGUCAGAAAAUUAGAGUAAGUGAAAACUCUUAGGCAUCAGCAACCGAAGUUAGCCCUCAAUGCUGUAUUCUAGCAUACAUAACAGCAAGGGAGAGAAAGUUGUUUAAUAAGGACUUCAGACUGUAAUAACUCUGGGAACUUUUUUUCUUUUAAGCAGUGAAUGGGGAGAGGACAAUGAGACAAUGAGGGGCAAGUUCUUUUUAGUGUUAGGACACUGGGUGGAGGAGCUAAGGCAGGGGUAGGCAACCUAAGGCCCAUGGGCUGGAUGUGGCCCAAUCGCCUUCUCAAUCCGGCCCAUAGACUGUCCGGGAAUCAGCGUGUUUUAACAUGAGUAGAAUGUGUGCUUUUAUUUAAAAUGCUUUUCUGGGUUAUUUGUGGUGCAUAUGAAUUCGUUCAUUUCCCCCCCCAAAAAAUGGUCUGAGGGACGGUGGACCCACAGCUGAAAAAGGUUGCUGACCCCUGAGCUAAGGCAUGCACAACAUGGUGCGAAAGUGGAAAGAUUCUUACUAUUUCUCUGUUCCCACAGAAUUCUGAUUAAGCGCAAAAGUGUGUCAGAUUCCCCCUCAUCAUAUGGUAGGGCAUAAGCAGCUUCCUUAUACCAAUUCAGACCUUCUAGCUCAGGGUAGCCAAUGCAAUGACCUCCAAAUGUUGCUGAACUACAACUCCCAUCAUCCCUGACCUUUGGGCAUGCUGGCUUGGGAUGAUGGGAGCUGCAAUCCAUAAAAUCUAGAGAGCACUAUGUUGACUACCCCUGCUCUGUGCAGUGGUCUAGUUUCCAAAUCAGCUGCAAAUCUAUAUAGUUCUAGGCAUCCUGGAAGUUUAAGUACAGUGCUACAUGCCAGUUCAGAAGUAAGUCUCAUUAAAUUCCAUGAGGUUUAUUUACUCCCAUCUAAGUGGAUACACAGGGACACGGGUGGCGCUGUGGGUUAAACCACAGAGCCUAGGACUUGCUGAGCCGAAGGUUGGCGGUUCGAAUCCCCGCAACGGGGUGAGCUCCCUGCUCCUGCCAACCUAGCAGUUCAAAAGCACGUCAAAGUGCAAGUAGAUAAAUAGGCGGGAAGGUAAACGGCGUUUCCAUGCGCUGCUCUGGUUCGCCAGAAGCGACUUAGUCAUGCUGGCCACAUAACCCGGAAGCUGUCUGCGGACAAACGCUGGCUCCCUCGGCCAAUAAAGCAAGAUGAGCGCCGCAACCACAGAGUUGGCCACGACUGGACCUAAUGGUCAGAGGUCCCUUUACCUUUAGUAAGUGGAUACACACUAGGACUGCUGCCUAAAAGCUAUUUUCUUUCUGUUUCUUUCAGCUGUGUUUCCUGUACUUUUUGACUGCUGCACAGAAGUAGCCCAUCAUAUUCCCAGAAGAUGGCUAAGAACAGUGGCAACGUUUGACAUUCAGAAUGGUGGCGAUUUAUGCAAAAUAUCCGCUGUGAUGUAA